CAAUGUGUGGUUUUAGUAGCGGCUUGUUAUUGGCACUCAUUGAUGUUUCCCCUCCUACUGGGUACUCGCGUAGCCUUCCCGCUUUAGCGCAACUCGACUCGGCCAAACCAUUCUGUCCUCGGUGUCUUUUUAGCCUCUGUACAUAGCAUGUCUGAAUACAGCGGUGUUCCGUCCAACGGAGUAAGCGCUGGGAUGAAAAAUGAUGCAUUUGCGGAUGCGGUACAACGAGCCAGACAGAUUGCAGCUAAAAUUGGUGGAGACGGUGCUUCAUCAGGAAGUAACAACACUGGAGCUGAGGCUUUUCCAUUUAAAGCACAGAAGCGUUCAUUGGAAGAAGCAGAUGAACCUGAUGCCAAAAAACUAGCUUCACAGACUGAAAGAGAUUUUACAUUGUCUAUUGGACCUAAGUUGGCUGCCCUGUCCCAGCAGAGUGUUAGGCCUUCUACAAUGACGGAAGAAUACAAAGUGCCCGAUGCCAUGGUUGGUCUUGUCAUUGGUCGGGGUGGUGAACAGAUAAACAAAAUACAACAGGAUUCGGGAUGUAAGGUCCAGAUUGCUCAUGACUCUGUGGGACUUCCAGAAAGAGGUAUUUCUCUGACAGGAUCACCAGAUGCCAUACAGAGAGCCAAGGAGUUAAUAGAUGACAUUGUAUCCAGGGGUCAUGAGUCCACCAAUGGGCAGGGCGGUUCCAUGCAGGAGAUCAUCAUCCCUGCUGGCAAGGCAGGACUUAUUAUAGGCAAAGGAGGGGAGACCAUCAGACAACUUCAGGAGCGAGCUGGAGUUAAAAUGAUUCUUAUUCAAGAUGGAUCACAGCAACCAAAUGUGGACAAACCCCUUCGUAUCAUUGGAGACCCAUACAAAGUACAGGAAGCAAAAGAAAUGGUCAAUGAGAUUUUAAGAGAGAGAGAUCAUGUUGGCUUCAGUGAAAGAAAUGAAUAUGGAUCAAGGAUUGGAGGAGGUGGUGGCGGCAUUGAUUUUGCCGUGCCCCGCCAUUCUGUUGGAGUUGUGAUUGGUCGUAGUGGAGAGAUGAUAAAGAAGAUACAGAGUGAUACUGGAGUUAAAAUUCAGUUUAAACCAGAUGAUGGGACAGGUCCAGAAAAAAUUGCUCACAUCAUGGGUCCAGCAGAAGCUUGUCAGCAUGCUGCUUCAGUCAUCACUGAUCUGCUUCAGAGCAUCCGUGCUAGAGAGGAGGGUGGCCCUCCAGGUCCUGGGACAGGGAUGCCGCCUGGAGGACGAGGGAGAGGAAAAGGUCAAGGAAACUGGGGGGGUCCUCCAGGGGGAGGGAUGACCUUCUCUAUUCCGGCUCACAAAUGUGGGCUUGUUAUUGGCAGAGGAGGCGAAAAUGUCAAGUCAAUUAACCAACAGACUGGGGCGUUUGUGGAAAUAUCCAAUCAGCCACCACCAAAUGGUGAUCCCAAUUUUAAAAUAUUUACCAUUCGAGGCUCCCCACAACAGAUUGACCAUGCGAAACAGCUGAUAGAAGAAAAGAUAGAGUGCCCACUAUGUCCAAUAGGUGGUCCUGGUCCAGGGGGGCCAUGUGGCUCAAUUGGUCCCUAUAAUCCUAACCCAUACAAUGCAGGUCCUCCUGGUGGUGCUCCACAAGGAGCAGCACCUGGAGGUCCUCAAUACUAUCAGGGUUGGGGAAAUGCAUAUCAGCAGUGGCAAGCCCCGGGUUCACAUGACUCCAGCAAGGCAGCAGUAGACCCAAAUGCUGCAUGGGCAGCAUACUAUGCUCAGUACUAUGCCCAGUAUAACAACGGCCAACAGGCUGGGGGUGCUGUGCCAGCCCAGACAGCAGGAGGAGUUCCAACAGUGGCAGACCAGAACCAGCUAGCACAGACCUCAGGAGGGCAGCCAGACUAUACCAAGGCUUGGGAAGAGUAUUACAAGAAGAUGGGCAUGACCCAGAUGGGUGCAGGGGGAGCAGCUGCUCCUGCAGCAACAGGAGGAGGUGCAGCUGGAGGCCAGCAAGACUACAGUGAAGCCUGGGCUGACUACUACAGACAGCAGGCUGCCUAUUAUGAACAGACAGGGCAAGCUCCUGGACAGGGGACUUGUCAGUAGCCAGGACUACAGGCCCAGUAAAUGAGUCUGCGUAUUGGGCAGCUGUUACUGUUCUCUGGACUACUUUUCUGAAGACAGUUUUUUUGGACUUGUCAAGGCAUUGAUCUAUACAUUCACCCUGAUAUUUGACCCAACUCCCAGUUUUUUCUAAUAAAAAAAAAAGGAGGGGGGACGUUUUUCCAUGCUUGCAGCAGACUAAAAAAUUACCAAUUCUUUGCUUUUUUUCCCGUAAAUGUUUAGCAACACAGCUUUGUGGGUUUAUUGUAAGUAAAUGGUCUGGUUUUUUUUUGUUCAUAUUUUAACAUUCCUAGUGUUUAAGUUGCAGCUGUACAUCUUGCUACAACUAUUUUAUUUCAUUUGAGUUUAUUUUUCUGCAGUCUCUGUAUGCUUAGAAAAGUGUGUGCAUGUGUGAUUGUGCGGUUGAUUGAACACUUUAAUUUCUACAAAAUGUUUGGAUUAUUUUUUUCAAGUUUUUUUUAUGGUCUGUACCUAAGUGUUUUUCUAGUCCUGAUGACUCUCGCAUUUUAAUUUUAAGUGUUAUUUUUUAUAAUUUGUUUUUAAGUAGCUACAAUAAAAAUCACUAUUUACCUGUAUGACUGAGGUCAGCUUUUUGGUUUGGGUUUUUCUUAAAAUUGUUCCCCUAAAACUAUUGGGUAAAAUAUUUUUUUUUGUUAGUUUUAUAGUUUGUGUUAGUUCUAUAACUAAGAGUUUUAUUUAUAUACAAUAUAUAUAUAAAACACCAUCACCUUUCACUGACUCUGUCUCACCUUUAGGUCAAACAAAGGACUUGAAUUAAUUAACCACUCGGCUGACUCCUUUGACUCACCUUGUAUACUUAGACAACACAAUGACUUAUCCGUUUGCUGCAAUACCUCAGUGUGUUUGCAUCAUAGAUGGUUGGGUCUGCCAUGUAAACAAAUGCAUGUGGAUGUGGCAGCUGUAUUUAUUAUUUAAAACAUGAAGUGGCAUUUAGCUGGAUUUAAUAAAUAUUACUUAAAUGAUG